AUGUCCAGAGCUCGAUUGAACGAGGGUGUUCUUCCAUGUUUCAUCAAGUACAUGAUCGAUAAGCCCCACUCUUUUUGCUGCCGAAGGCUGAAUAGAAUAAGCGUAAGUCACGUUGUCGCUCUUUUUUUACAAGAUGGGUGCGAAGAGAGAACUUCCAGGGACGAAGUUGGUCAUCUUUGAAGCCUCAUAAAAACUGCUGUGUUAGGCCCUACCACACAAAACAUAUAUCAAUAGAUAGCGUUUUCAAAGUUGUUUCUGACAAUCUUAACAGAAAUUUUAAAACCUUAUUGUAUCGGUCUGUCGGGAAAAAAACGGCGGAUCGUCGCGCCUCGGAAUCGCCCAUCAUCGCUUUGCGACUGCAAGCCGCGGCUUGGGAUUUGGUGCGCGACAGCGGCGAGGCGAGACAUUUUGAUGCGACGAUCCGCCGUUAUUUUUCCGACAGACUGAUAACCUGUAAAAAAUGCAAAACAAAAAAAAACGGCGGGGUCAUGCUUCUAAACCUAAUACGAUCUUAUUAUAAAAGACAGGCAAAUAAUAUUUCGAGCAUUUAGAACGCAUAAACAACUGUAAAAAUAUUAGUAAUAUAUUCCUUGAGAUACAAAAAUUGUUAUGUACAAAAAGCCUAAUUUCAGAUGCUCAACGAAAAAUUCUGCGGUGUAGCCCGCGCCAUGAGUAACUUUGACACUCUUUACUUCGCCAACAAUAAUUCAGGAGUGACGGUGGGAACUAGUAAGUAACAUAGCGUAGAAAUUAAGAAGUUCGUCAGGAAAUGAGCGGAUCUACAUAGAAGGUUUCAAUCUCCUCACACUGCACUUCCUUGCUCUACAUCGGCUGUUGAAAAACGUCCGAGAUCUCCGCAUUGUCAUUGAUGUCAUUGCCAACAUGCCGGACGAAGAUGAACUCGAGUUUUUUACGCCUGAAACCGCAAGCGCCGCUGGCGAAAUGCUGAGAGGUGAAGCUAUAUAGAUGACUUGCAAAAUGACAUUACAGAUUUCUUUCCAAACGCUACAUUUUCUGUCGCAUUCGAAGCCGAAGGAAACCCACCGAUUGCCAGGAAAAUCAUGCCCACACUGGACGUUGUUAGGCCCCGAAUUCAACAAAUCCAAUGUUCACUCCGCCAUAUCGCAUGGUUUGAGGGGUUCAGAGUCGACAAGGUUGAGAUAAUCAAAAAGCGGAGUUGCGAGGGUAUCAACAGAGCCAGUAAGUGAGUUUGAGAAUAUUAAAAUCUCACCUUCAGAUUUACCGUUCAUUCUCAAAAUCGGAGCCCGCCAACUGCUGUCGCAUGAAAACAUUGCUUUGUCGAUUUUCUUGGAUACAGAGUAAGUAAGAUAACAAAUAUGGGCAAACAGGGGAAGUACCCCAAGUGCGACGCCCAAACUUUGAUGAAACUUGGCACAAAUUUAGAAUAAUUUCUUUCUAAAAUAUAUGCGAGAAUCCUAGCUCGCGCUUUGCAGAAACAACCGAGAUUUUUAAAUCGAAAGUCGGCUAAAAUUACACACUUUUUGCAGAAUUUCGGCACGGAAAGUUUCAUACCUUUUUCUAACGUAAAGUGUAAUGUUUCUGCAAAAAAUCAUUUUUUUCCGCACAAAACUAGCGAAGUUAUGGACGAAAAGUGUUUUUGUCUCUGACCGCUCUCCAAUUUUAGCGUGCUCUCUCGGCGGCAAGGAUAGUUUAAUAUCUCGGUGGCACUUGCAUAGCGCGAACUAAAACUUUCAAGAUUUUCAAUUUUGUUCAUGCCCGACGUCUGUCCAAAAUUUAAAGGAAAUCCUCCUGGCAUAUCCAACAAUGAGCGUCGCACUUGAGGUACUUCCCUUGUAAAUACAGCUGUAGAAAACAGACUCAACCAGCAAACCCAAGUAAUCAACAAAAAAUGUCGAUUGUCCUCUUUUCAAAAUUUCCUCAAAAAUUGUUACUCUUCACUAUUUACUUAACAAUUUUUUUCAGCGUCCCAACACAACCUCACCUCCAGGAAUUCGCAUGUUUUGCUGAUCUCUGCAAGGACCCUUUGCCAUGCUAUGACAAUAUUUUUAAAGCUCUCAACACGUCUCUUCCAAAUCUACAACACUUGGAGCUCACCCACCGCAAGUGCGAAAAUGGCCAAAUGUUAAAGACAAAUUGCACAGAGGCGAUUUUUCAUUUCUCUGCGAAUAUCCGGAAAAUCAUUGAAAGUUCUCACGUAAGGACAAGGAUGUCUGUGAGGCUUCAAACACAAGGUGAAGAGCAUUUUUCGACGGUUCGGAGGAUGUUCAAGGACUUGUUGGUCGAUUUAUACGUUACUCGAGAAAAUGGACAUAAGGUGAAUGACUAUCGCGGCCUAAGGGAAAGCUUAACUUUUCAAGGGCAAAAUUCGGAAGUUGUUAUUGUAAUAGAGCAAAUUUGAUUUGAAUAAAAAUAUCUGUGAGCUGAGAAAUGACUACAAUUUGAUUAUAAUAAUAGGCUUUCUUUGAAUAAAAUCUCUAGUUUGUAAAAAAACAAUGAUAUAUAAUGCAGUGGGGGACCUGAUCCAGUGGCAAAAAACGUUUCAUUUUGCGUCCGGGAAAUGUCAAAAAUGUGGCAAAAUACCUCCCUUUCCAAGUGAAAAAAACUCCGAUUUCAAAAGCUUGCCCACUCUGUUUUGUAAGGGAAAGGGCGCGCCUUUAAAAACAGAGUUUUUUUAGUUGGAGAGGGAGGCAUUUUGCCACAUUUUCGAUACUUCCCAGAUGCAAAAUGGUACUUUUUUUGCCACUGGAUCAGGUCCCCUACUGUACAAACUGUAACUCGCAUAUCUCUCAAAUCCACCCUCAAUAUUGUUAACCCAUCUAAACACACACAACAAAUGUUAAAAUCUAAAAACACAUGACGUUUUGGAACACCACUUUUCUCUUUCAAACAGAAAGCAGUCGGAGAAAAUGUAGUUUUUAUUUUAGACCAUGUUUUCUCUCUCUUUUUUCGCUUUAUUUCUUUCGAUCAAGGUUGCUAAGUAGUCGAAGAGUCUGUUGCUUUUUGUUAACAAACUUUUAUACAGGUGAUAUAUACUGAUGUCGGCGGAAAAAUUGAGAAGUUUACCUUUGGAUUAUUUUACCAGACAUUAUCGAGGGCCACCAAAUGGAUUCUUGUGUCGGAAAACGAGAAGAUUGAGUGUAAGUGGCUGUAUUUUUAAGUUUUUUUGUUCAACGUGCUCUACCGAAUAUAUUCUUGUAAUCUGUUGAAAAAAAGAUUUUUAAAUUUUUUGUUGUUGGUAUGCGGAAGCUCCGAACGAUCUAUCAACUUUUGCCAAAAAAAAUUAUUCUUUUUUCCAAGCUUCCGAGGAUUACAGUGGGGACCCGAUCCAGUUUCAAAAAACGCACCAUUUUGCAUCCGGGAAGUUUCAAAAAUGUGGCAAAAUGCUUCCCUCUCCACGUGAAAAAAAAACUCUUCAAAAGCGCGCCCGCUUUUUUUGUGAAGGAAAGGCGCCCUUCAAAACUAUGUUUUUUCACUUGGAGAGGGAGGCAUUUUGCUACAUUUUUGAUGCUUCCCGGAUGCAAAAUGGUACGUUUUUUGCCACAGGAUCCGUCACUGUAUUUUGGCUUAAAAUUGACUGUUCAGGCCUUUGCUCAUUAUGGAUAUAGGUCGUGUUGUAGGACACCUUUUUCACAGAGUUAUACUGACUUCUGUUUACCAUAGCCAUCCUUUGCAAUUGCCUAUGGCCUUCCAUUUAUGCAUCAAUUAAAAUAGGGCAAAAAAUUUAAAUUUAUGAUUAAUAAUUAAUUCUGUUACCAACAUCAUUGCAAAAUCUAUUCCUGCCACUUUCAGCUAUGCAGUCUUCGGACCUGCAUCGCGGCCAGAAAACUUUUUAAUAGCGAAAAAGUUUUAUUUUGCAACAACGGAGAGGGUGUCUCGUUUGGAUCAUGUAAGUCUACCGCCAAUAUCUUCAACAUUUUGAUUGUAAUUCCAGUAUCCGAACGGAUAUACAUCACAAAUUUCAACGUUCUACGGCUAACCAUAAUCGGGCUUCAUCGUCUUACGGCCGAGCAGAAGACUCUCCAAUUCAACAUGUUCAUAAUGGCGAAUAUGCCGGAUGAAGAUGAGCUGGACUUCUUCACACCAAUCGUUGCGCAAGAAUGCGGGCAGUUGCUGAAGAGUAAGCAUUCGAAAUUCAUUUUACAACGCCUUCAGGGUUCUUCUCAUUUGCCAGAUUCUCCAUUGAAUUUGAUGCCGAAGGAAAUCCAUUUGCUGCAAUGAAGAUCCUGCCCCUGAUACAGGAGGUUAUGCCAUGUAUCAAGCACGUGAAAUGUUCGCCAUGUCAGAUUGCAUGGUUUUCCGGAGCAGAGUUGGAUACAUUGCAAGUGGCAAGGAAGAGGAAACGAGAGGGAUAUUGUGGAUUGAGUAGGUUGAAAAAUUACGUACAAAGAAAUGUUUGAAGGGCGACCCUCGGUUUUAUUUGAAUUUAGAACAGGCCAGACAUCAACUGCCAAAAAUUUUAUAUAGUUUUCCCUUUGCAAAGCUAACCGAGAUAUGAUCUUUUGCUAUUUUUUUUCUACAGCUCUUGCUUAAUUCCCCAUAGCAAGCCGGAGUUGGACGAUUGGGGAAAAGAAAUGAAAUGAUCUUAUGUUAUUUUCGAAAUAAGCACCCUCAAUUAUCUAGCUUCGACAUUUGCAUCAAAAAAAGUAAUACUAAAAAGUGUACUUUUCGGUUUCCCCAAUCGUACUUUUCCCCAAUCGUUCCUUUCCCCAAUCGUCCCAGUUCCAUAGCAAGCCCAUACGGUCCUUAAAUAUUACUAUUAUUUAUUACUAUUAAUACUAUUAUUUUCAGAUGCCUCCUCUGUCUUCCAAGUCAAAGCGAAGAAACUAAUCUCCGUGGAGCUCUUUUACCUCAAUAUGUUACUCGACGUUGAGUAAGUCCCCUUAAAUAUUUUUCAAAAUUUUUACUACGAACUUUUUGACAGAGUUGAAAGACUAAUGCCAAAUUUGCAAUGUCUGAAUUUGACGCAUUUUGAUGGUACAGUCCGGUGGAAAGAGCCGAAAAGGAUUAGAGAUUAUGAGAAUGCACUUCACCACAAGUUUGUGAACAAUGAGAUGUCGGAGGUAUGUGCCAUUUUUUGAACCGUUUUAAAGGGUAUACAGUAUAAAUUUGAAAGCCAGAAUCCUGUUCAAAUAUUUAUUUAUUUUACGUUUAAUUAUUUUUAAGCGAAGAUUUGUAAGCAUUUUUUUGAUAUGAAAAUUCUACUUUUUUGGCUCUCUUUUUUAAUCAUCUUUUCUAACCCACCCAGUUCCUGUCUUUCAAUAAUUCCAACCUUAUUUUCCAGGGCUAUCAAAAUGCAAUCCAACGACUCUCCUGGCACAUCCAACAAAUCAUCGAACAUUCUCACGUAAAAACCAAGUUAUCAGUCCAAUUCCAUGUUCGCGAUGAAAAUUACUUUAAAGCGUCACUGGAACUUUUUAAAGAUUUGUUGGUAGAUUUCUACAUUGGUCAUCAAGAGAAUGCAGAAGGGGACUUGAAAUGUAUGGCAUUCAAUGAGGUGUUAUUGUUUGAAGGCCGAAAUACAGAAGUGUCAGUUGCAGUGGAUUUGAUGCGAUGACUGUAGUUUGAUAAGCGCAGAGGAGAGUUCAUAGAUAUUAUAUUUAUCGUGUAUAUUUAAUUGAAAAAUGUAAUAAAAGAUAUUUAAUGGAUUUUAUACACUUUCUUUUGGCCAUUACUUAAAACCUCUGUAAAACGCAACAUCUUAUAACAAAUAAUUUGAAUAGCCCCAAGAGCCGUUUUUAGACCAAGAUAAACUUCAGUACAAUGAAGCCCUUUUGUAACAAGAAUAAUUUUUUAUUGUUUGUGAUUUCGAGGAGUUCUAUGAGCUCUCAUUCAAAGAGAUCGAGAAUGCUCUACCAAACUUGGAGCUGCUCACGUUGCGUUGUCAUGUCACGGUCACAUUUUUGGAAGUAAUAUUCUGCAGCAUCAUGGGUGAAUAACGCUGCAACGUAUUUACAUGAUUCUUAUUUUUUAGCUAGUUUCCGAGAGAGCAAACCGCACUGUCGAUCGUAUUAAAAAAAUUUCAAAAUGUGCCAAUUUCAAAGUGAGGGGAGAGCUGGAAGUCUGGAUCCGUUCUCGAGCCAUCUAUUGGAAAACUUGCAAUGGAUUCUACAAGUUGUUCAGUGAGCUGAACGAUCGUAAUCUGAGUAAUCUAUCCUACAACAAAGCUGCACCGGCAAGGCAAAUCGCAUUUCAAUACGGAAAACAUUAUUUUAUCUACACUUUCAAGUUGGCACAGAGACCUUUCGUCGAGAAAUAUAUAAGCUCAGAGAGUGAGUAG